AGCCACCCACAAACCAUCCGCUGCUUUCAGGGAAAACAUGGCGAGCAGAGUCCUUCAAACACUGGGCCGAGGCCUCCACAGGACCAAAACCGGACUUCAUCCGAACGGGACGGUCACCGGAACCGUCAGGAGCCUCUCUGGGCUCAAAUCUCUUUUUGUUAGAAAAGUUGACCCCAGAAAAGACGCUCACUCUCAUCUGCUCGCCAAGAAAGAGGACAACAAUCUGUACAAAAUACAGUUUCACAAUGUCAAGCCAGAGUGCCUCGAUGCUUACAAUGAACUCUGUCAAAGUGUGUUGCCCUCCAUUCACACCAGUCCUGAAUACCCAUGUGAGCUUGUGGGCACCUGGAACACUUGGUACGGAGAGCAGGACCAGGCAG